CAGUAAAGUUUAAUAAAAAAUACUAUGAAAUUGAAGAAAUCACAAACAUUGCAAAUCUAGGGGAAAUAUUAUGAGUGAUAAGGAGAAAAUGCCAGAUAAUUCAGGUGACCAUGGGAAUACAACAAAGAGCGUUGUUGGUGACAUUGAGUUUCAAGUGUCUCAGGUGAUUGGUCGACUAGAGGAAGCAGUGGAGGGGAGGAGUGGGGUGACCCCUGCCCCACCCUCCCUGGGACCCCUACCUACUCGAACUGCAGAAGACAUCUACACUCAACUUGAGAGCCUGUUGGUGGAAGUGACUCAAGAGGAUGGUAGCACGCUGCCGGAGCCUACGGGACUGUCUAUGUUGGCUCUUGUGUGUCACGCAGUGUCUGUCCACGCUGGCAGUCUAGACAGAGGACAACUGCAACAGCUGAGCAACAGAGUCACCUCGGACACCAGCAAGUGGCUGUCACAGCUGUUUAGGCUAGGCGAGUGUGGCGUCUGCUACCACGAGGACCAGCUGGAAGGUGUAGUCAGAGUGACCAGGUCUCUGUUACAUGCCAAGUACCCCCACUACCUACAGGAGGGCUACGAGGUGAUGAAGACUAAGCCUCCAGUGAUCUACAGCAACAUCGCAUCUCCCCUGGGCAUCGUACAACACAUCUGUCGACAGCUAGGCCUGCCUCUACAUUGUGUGAGAGCUGUACCUUGUACAACUCUGUUUGCUGGACACAAGAUGGACGUAGCAGCUCUAGAACGUCUAGUAGAGGAGGACAAGUCAGCAGGAAGACUGCCCUUGAUAGUUUUAGCUGAUGCUGGUAUGCCAAUAGCUGGACAUGUUGACAACUUAUCGCGGCUCCAAGAAGUUUGUCGUAACCAUGAGCUUUGGCUUCACUUACGAGGACAUUCAUUGGCGGCUUUGGCUCUUACAACAACUCCCAACAACGUGAGUUUUGGGACUCCUCGAAUAUCUGACAGUGCAACUCUACCAAUCUCUACUUGGUUGGGAGUGCCUGGACUACCUUCAAUUACAUUGUACAAUCCCUCAGGAAUAGCAGGAGCGGCUUUACUGCUGGAUCAUCCUGGAAGAAGGUUGCAAGCUUUGCCGUUGUGGGCAGUGCUUCAGAACAUGGGACAAACAGGAAUACAGCAGAGGAUAAAGGAAGCUUUUGAAUCCAGUGAACAACUUUGGCGAAGGCUCAUAAAGUAUCCUUGUCUUCGGAUGUUGAGUCAACAACCUGGCGGGGAAGGUGGGGUCAUCACCAUAGCAGAUAUCAUCACCAAACCAGUCAACACAAAUCUAUUGUUUGAAGUGGUGGCAAGUUCAGUCGUGUUCCAGUUUGUACCGGAUGGCUGCCAGGAGAGAGUUGCGCCAUACUAUGAUAAACUCAACUCUUGGCUGGGCCAGAUCCUACAGAGAGACUCGCCGCAGGUGCCUGUGGAGCUGUGUGAGUUGGAACACUCUGGUGUGGUACUGCGCUACUGUCCCUUGGAGGCCAUCUCUGUACCCUCCCAGUCCGACAUAGAAGCCUUUGUCAACUGUCUGGACCAGCAGUUGGAGAUCCUGGUCGCUACUGUUGGCCACAAAGACACGUUCCAUCGCCUGGUGUCGUCGUCGCCCAGCCUACGUCUGGUGGAGAUGCCUGGAUGGGCUGGUCUAGGAGGUGUACGCUACGUACCACAGGGCUGGGAGACCCGUGUACUCACAGACCAGGUCAAACAGGAGCUCAACAAGCUCAACAUUCAACUGGUGGACAGGCUGAGGGCUACAGAUGCUGCGUUCUCUCUAGGUGAAGGAACUGAUGGACUGGCUUGUGUGAGGUUUGGAAUGGUGACAGCUGACACAGACGUCGCAGAACUGCUCAGUCUUGUGGAGAGCGUGGGCAAGCAAGAGGAAGACAGUUGGAAAUUUAUUGACACAAUGGCAGAGGUUGUCAAGAAAGGUAUAGAGGCAGCUACUCUAGACUUGCAACGAGAGAAUGAGGAGAAGUUAUGGCAGGAAGGCAUUCUACGUCAGGUGCCGGUGUUUGGAUCUCUAGUCAACUGGUGGUCUCCUUCUAACAAGGAGUCGGGCGGGGUCAAGGGACGUAGUCUCGACUUGACAGCGGGCGUCGUGGCGUCUACAGAGAAUAUUUACAAAUACCACAUGCAGGGAGUUUCAGGAAGCUCCUCUGGAGGUAAAGGACCUCCAGAGCCUCUGGUUCAAACACCUGUUGCUGGACACUCGAGGACUCCUUCUGUCUCUUCUCAACAGAGCAACACAAACACAGCACACUAACCGUCUGACACAACCUACCACGUAUAAGAUACUUACUUUGUGCUCUUAUUUUUGUAACCUAGAGUUCACAAGAUGAAACAUGCUUGUGUUUAUUUUAGUUAGAAAAUAUAUUUGUGAUGUUCUAA